AUGUGGACAUCAGCCUAAUAACUUCGUGUCUCAUCUGGGUAGAAAUGUCCGUGCUAGGAAAAUCAUAUCGCCAAUUUUAGAGGAGAAAAAGUUUUUUAACAAAAAAUCAUUCAUGUGUUCUCAUUCGCUCGUCCAACAGUUUUUAAAUUCCUUCAAACCCUCGACCUAAAAUUUUCGAUAUGA